AUGACCAUGGAAUCAACGCCUUCCAAAGUCGCUACCGGUAGCUCAUCUACUUCGAUCCUAUGUGAAAUCAUUGGAGCGCAGAAUCUUACUGUUCCAACAGCGCCAAAGGAAGCUUUGCACACCUUUUGCACGGUUCAAUUCAAUCGAAAAUUGGUUCAUACGACAAGGCCUGAAGCUGGAAGAAAUCCGAUAUGGACCGUGACUUCCAAAUCUCUAUUUCUAUUACCAGAGUCCAAGGUGGAAACCCUGUCCAAUCCGCUACUGAUUGAAGUCUAUGCUGUCCGAAACUUUGCACCCAACAACAGUGCCAGCAGUUUCUUUGCCGAUCGCACCGAUCGAAUCUUCCUGGGAAGCGUCGAGAUUUCCAGAACUUCAAUCUUAUCGCAAUGCAAUGGCCAACGAAUCGAACUAAAGAUACAAAAGAAUCGAAAAGACAACGUCGGUACUCUGGCAGUCCGAUUUCGAAUAUCACAAGAAUCCGAUCAACAAAUUCUAAACCUGCUGAAGAGUUCCAAAGAUGGCAGUCAACUCAAGAAAGAAUUUCUCGAUCAAAUCUUGCAUGGCCAAGAAAAAGAACAACGGUCUCCCUCCAACAAUGAGAAAUCAAAAUCAAAGCUGCUGCCCAUUGCCAAUCUAGUGACGGAGAAAUCCGAUUCCUCCUUGGCCCAAAACAAUUUCUUUAGUUUGGUCAACAACAUGUUCACGGCAUCCACAGUGUACGACACCAAGUCCUAUCGUGAGUUGCGUCGGAUCAAACCAUAUCCUAAUCCGAAAUCCCCAAACGAGACCGAAUUUCUGUCGGCAACCGAUAUCAAGAAACAAACCUAUGGGCCAUCGCAUUCGUGGGUGGAAGCGGGCAGUGGAAAGCUGGGUCGACUCUAUGUGGAGGUCCUUGCCUGCCAUGAUUUGCCAAACAUGGACAUGGGUGAAGCCGUAGGAGAUUAUACCGAUCCAUUUGUUUGUUUGGUAUACGAAGAUACAGUGGCCACGACGGAUGUGAUUGACGAUGAGUUGAGUCCGCAUUGGCUCCCUUGGACACAGCGUGCUUUUUCCUUUGGCACGAUGCAUCCAGCUAGUAUUUUGUAUUUAGGAGUCUUUGAUUUUGAUGUAGGAAGCGACCAUGACCCAAUUGGGCGAGUGGCAGUCAAUCUAUCCAACUUGCAGCAUAAUACGGAAUACACUUUGGAAUAUGCUCUCUACAAAAGUUCCAAUGUCACGGAUCGCACUGCCAAUGGAUCCAUUACCCUUCGAUUGCGAAUGGAGUGCUACGACGAAAAGGCUGCUCUAAUGGAAGUCUUGGCUCCUCGACCGAGGAUCAAUAUCAAUGUUCGCAUGCAAAAGACAUUUCGAGUCGUCCGAUAUACGUGUUUUGGAGAAUACGACAACGAAGAAAGCUUUGAUUUGACCGUAACUCGAUCCUACAUCAAUGAAAUUCUUUGCUACAAACGAAAGCUUUAUUAUGCGAUUCGGGAUUCCUUCUUUUCGCUUGUCUUUUGGCGGGGUCAAGUGGAUAUUGCUGGCGAUGGAACAACCAAGGUUCCGCUAUAUUCCUUUCUUUUCUUUGUGGGUGCCUGUCACCUGAUUGAAAAUCCUCAUUUGGUCGUUCCAUUUACAUUGCUCUCGAUAUCAUUCAUUAUGAUGGCGAGUCACACACAGCGAAUACAACACCCUUCUCCUUGGAAACGGUGUCAGUCGAUAUGGCACUUUGUUGACAUCCUUCUAGGAGACUUGACAAAAUCUCCGGCAAAUGCUGCUGACCCAAAGUCAAAUUUAGCGUCGGGCGUCAGUGUCAAGGCAUUCGAACGACACCAGGAAGCGGAAGCCUACGAAAAGUCACUACAAGACCGGGUGGAGUUGGAUGUGCUUCGAGAACAAAAGCGAUUUGAGCUGCAGCAAGAACUCGAGAACUAUGGGAACGAGAAUAUUUCGACGGCCGUGAAUAAUGCUGGAAUGCUCCUUCCUCCUGAUUUGCAAGCUCGGCUAACAAGAUGGCAGGGUAUCAUUGGAAGAAUAUGCACAUGGAUUCGGUGCAUCCGUAUAGUUACAUUAUGGGAAGAGAGUAUACUGUCAUUUUGGAUUACAGCGGCCUUCUUUGUCUCAGGAGUUGUUUCCAUGAUCCUACCUUGGAAAUUCAUUUUGUUAUGGUCCGCGCGGAUCACGGUGUGGGGAUUCUUUGGGCCGCACAUGAAGGUAAUCGACACUUUCUUCCAGCUGGAAGAAGAAAGUCAAAAGGUUCUUAUCCGAAAUAUUGAUAGAUUGUUCCAAGAGGCCCGCCUUCGUCGAGAAGAAGCUGUCAAGGUCCAGGCAAUCAAGGUGCUUGCUUUUGGAAAGUAUAGCGUUCUGGUCCCAUCCUACAAUGUUGCCCGACACUUUGAUCAACCGUUGGCACCGUCCUUUGCCAAACAAAGUCCCGAAAGCCACAGCCUUCAUGUGGCUCAAAUGAUUCCUGGUCAGCAGUUAUAUGGCACCAUGAUUCCUAGGCCAGAAACUGAAGCCGCUCUGUAUUCGGAAGCGGAGCAACGGAUAUUAAAGCAUCGUGAAGCCAGCAGCUUGAUUCCAAAUACGCCGUCUUCUGAUAUUACUCCCACCACAGAACCAGAUAGUAGCGAAGAUGGGACCAAUGCUCAAGAAAGAGGAGCUAGUCGAAGACCUACACUUUUACACCAGGAGGCAAUCGAAGUUGUUGCAGUAGUUUCAGAUGGUGAAGACGAGGCACUUGCAACGAUCUCUAAUGAAGAGGACAACUUAUCUGCUGCAGCUCUACGUAUUCGAACAGUGGAAACGAAUGUGACGAGCUUUGCGAGCAGUAGCUAUUAUGACUCGAGUAGUUAUGAUAAUUCAACGGGGAGUAGUGAAGACGAGGACGAUCAAAACGACGACCGCAAAGGGAUAGAGAUUGUUCCGAAAGCAUCGACCUACGCCGAAGACGAAGGGCUCGAAAUAGUUGCUACUGGUCGAUUGCAGAGUAUGGAACCAGACGAAUUGCUUCUUCUUCGAUCCAAGUCGUUGGAUUCUAUCAUUUUCCAUCGACGAGAAUCUCAGGAUAUCGCUCGUGAUGGUUCAGAGGAAGGAGAAGGCCUUGAUGCUAGCGAGAUGAGGCGUGUAUCUUCAGAGGUUGGUUAUAGUACUUCCGCUUCUAUUUCUGCUUCCAAAAGAAGACGUCCAACACUUACGGUUGAAGUAGAUGAAAACCCGCUACAAUAA